AUACACGCUCUGUCGCUCUGCUUUCGUUCUGUUCAUUUCUAUCACCCAAACUCCAAACCCUCUCUCUCCCCCUCUCUCCUCUCUCUCUCUUCACGAGCUUCUUCAUGCAUGUGUAACACACACAUAUAUGAUAUAUUCACUCACACACGUAUAUAUAUGUAUAACAAAACACUGAUUCUAUAGCAACACAUACAAACCCUCUCCAAUUCAUCAUGUAAAUACAAAUUACACACACAAAUAUACACAGCAACAACAACAACAUGAUGGACAAUGAAAUCCCAUACACAAAAAGAUUCAUGGGAAUUAUAAACACGAGGCCAUCAUGGGCUUUUCUGCUGCUCCUUUUCACAGUUGUUGCGAUCCUCACCCUUCAAAUUAAGAACGAAAAAUCUGUGCUACCCACAUGGGCUGUCCCCGGUCGGGUCGGGUUUCCGGAAUCGGGUCGGGCCCCCAGCUGUGUUGGGUUCUUUAAGAACGUGCCGGAGAGGAAGGUGGUCAAGUCAAUAGUGGAUUUUGGAGGUGUGGGGGAUGGGAGGAGUUCCAAUACGGCAGCGUUUUGGAGGGCCAUCAAGUUUAUGGAGAGGUGGCAAGAAAAGGGUGGGGCCCAGCUGAACGUUCCUAGGGGGAGAUGGGUCACUGGGAGUUUUAAUCUUACCAGCAAUUUCACCCUUUUUCUUCAAGAGGGUGCUGUAAUUUUGGGGUCCCAGAAUCCAGAGGAGUGGCCUAUUAUUGAACCAUUACCUUCAUAUGGAAGAGGGAGAGAGAGAUUAGGAGGGAGACAUAUUAGCCUCAUUCACGGAGAUGGUCUCAGUAAUGUUGUCAUUACGGGGCAUAAUGGUACUAUUGAUGGUCAGGGACAAAUGUGGUGGGAGUUGUGGUGGAAUAGGACGUUGGAGCAUACCAGAGGACACCUUGUUGAAUUAAUGAACUCACAAAAUAUACUCAUUUAUAAUCUCACCUUUCUCAAUUCACCCUUUUGGACCAUCCAUCCUGUUUAUUGCAGUAAUGUAGUGAUUAAAGAUAUGACAAUAUUGGCUCCCCUAAAGGCUCCCAAUACAGACGGUAUAGACCCAGAUUCAAGCAUGAAUGUAUGCAUUGAAGACUGUUAUAUUGAGAGCGGAGAUGAUCUUGUGGCUGUGAAGAGCGGUUGGGACCAAUAUGGUAUUGCCAUGGCUCGCCCAAGUUCAAAUAUAAUCAUUCGCAGAGUGUCUGGCACAACUCCUACUUGUUCUGGAGUUGGAAUUGGUAGCGAAAUGUCGGGUGGUAUAUCGAAUGUGUUAGUGGAGGAUUUGCAUGUUAGGGAUUCAGCAGCUGGGAUUAGAAUAAAAACAGAUAAAGGGAGAGGUGGAUAUAUUGCAAAUAUCACCAUAAGCAACAUUACAAUGGAGAGAGUUAAGGUGCCAAUAAGAUUUAGUAGAGGUGCUGAUGACCAUCCUGAUGAGAAGUGGGAUCUGAAUGCUCUCCCAAAGGUGAAGGAUAUCUCGAUAAGCAAUGUGGUCAGCUUCAAUUCAUCAAAAGCACCGUUACUGGAAGGAAUUGUGAAUGCACCAUUUGAAGGAAUACGCAUGGAAAAUGUUAGCAUACUAGGCCUGCAACCAUCUGCAAGUUGGACUUGUGAAUUUGUUUCUGGCUCAAGUGAUGGGGUUCAUCCGCCACCAUGUGCUGAAUUACAAAACAAUCUUUCAUCGUAAUGUUCAUUAGUAUGAGUGUAUUAGGGACAUGGACAUGAUUUAGUGGUGGCUUACACAGAUGGCCUGAUCGGUUCAGAGCACAUAGGCCUCUUACUUGUGUUCACUGGUUCCCGUCUAUCUGACAAACACAAGUGAAACACGCAAACACCGAGGCAUACAGCUUACGUCUGCAAUAUCCGACACUUGAUGUGCACAUCGCUGCUGAAUGCUGAGACACAUGGUUUAUGACCGUUCGCAUAUAGACCCUUCUGGGAAUCCAGUGAUAGAGCUUGUACUCGGAAUUUGUUCGCUAUCUUUCUUUAUUCUUUAAAAUGUUUGUUGGAAGGCCAAUUUUAUGUUGAUCUGUUAAUUCAAGGAUGUACAAGUAGUUUGUUUUGAACCGGCCUAUGAUUUUUGGUUAGACAUUAUAUACAAUGAGCUUACAAGA